AUGAUUGGCCGUCGCAGAGGGGCGAGGGAGAUCCUCGUGCUCAAAGCCAAUGAACUUCUUCACGCAAAAUCCAUGGUCGUCAACGGAUUUCGAUAUCUCGGAAUAUUGACUGUCCUAUGGGGCGAACUGGGAGGGUACCUCUGGGUGCUAUGGACAUGUCGGUGGCCUGAAACCGGGCUGUCGCGCCAGGCGGAGAGGCCUACGCACGUACUCCUGAUUUCCGACCCUCAGGUGCGAUACCCAUUGAGCGCCCUCGUCGGUGACAAUUCCUUCCUGGGGCCAUUCCGGCAGUUUCUGUAUGACACGAAUAUCCGAAAGAAUUGGUAUAUUGCGAAGCACUUCCACCCAGAUGCAGUCGUCGUUCUUGGUGAUAUGCUGGCCAGCGGAAAGUACGCCAGGACGCAAGCCGAAUACAAUGCCUAUGCUCAGAAAUUCGACAAUAUAUUUCGCACUGGACAUUCCAUACCCACAUACUUUAUCCCGGGGAACAAUGAUAUAGGAAUGGGGACCGCUGUGCCUGUCUCGAAACACAUCCGACAAUACUACAAGGAGCGGUUUGGUGAACUCAACCAACGCAUAGUGAUUAGGGGGCAUGCGUUUAUUCUUUUGGAUGCCCCUGGCCUCGUGGACGAAGACUACCAACGGAAUGCCCAAUUUACUGAAUACGAUCAGUGGCAUCCGCUCCCGGAGGGGCCAGUGGAGUUUGUUCACAAUUUCAAAAGCACCCAGAAUGCUAGCCAACCGACCAUCUUAUUCAGUCACAUCCCUCUUGCGCGUCCGGACGCGGCUUCAUGUGGUCCGCUGAGAGAACGGGGCACAAUACGACGAAAUGUUGGGCACGGAUACCAGAAUACCCUCGGGAAACAAACGACAACGUUCCUCUUGCAAGUCUUGCAACCAUCUAUCGUCUUCAGUGGCGACAACCGGGAUUACUGCGACUAUAUACACAGACUUGGUGGAGCCUCCGACGAAGCCCCCCCAGUACGUGAGGUUACCGUAAAGUCGUUCUCGCCCACGCGCCACAUCCGACAUCCUGGAUUCCAGCUUCUUUCCUUUGUCUCGCCGGCCACGCAGCCCAGCUUUGCCGAUCGGCCAUGCUCCCUACCUGGGCAAAAUGAUAUCUAUGCUGGCCCGUACCUAUUCGUGGCAGUGAUAUCCUUCUUCGGCGUGCUGUUCGCAAAUUUCCUGUGGGCGAAGCGCCUCCCGAAGCACAAUUUAUCGCGUAUUCCCUUGACGCAUCGAGUCAGUGACUAUCGCACUGACUCCGACGGAGACUCAACUCCAGACCAACCACCAGAUUCAGCGAUCUGGUCGCCUUAUACCCCCAACAUGCCGUUCAGCCCGAUGAGCAAGUUCCCACCGAUGCGAACACCUAAUUCCGACUCUAUUACGACAAUGCGUGCCACAUCGCAGCCUUCGAGUCCAUAUGCCUCGCCCAUGCUUUCGCCUAUGAUGUCACCUGCGUUUGAUGAAGACACGGAAGACGGCGUGUAUAUUAGCCAAUACCCUCUGGAUAGAGGAUUUGCCGAGGGUGACGAGGAGCACCACGGCUUCAAAUCGCCCCUUCUGCCGUCCUCUUCCCCCGAAACCGCUGGUAAUGGGUGGAAACUCUCAGAUCGAAAGUCCUCUUCGUUCUCGUGGUCAUGGUCGUUUGUCUUCAGAGGAAGGCGGAGACGGUUGACGAUGAGUGUUCCUGCUGUAAAAUCACUGAUAGAGUACAUUUGCGUGGGAGAUGGAGCGAGCCCCUGGAGGAGGCGCUCCGCUGCUUGGGGCGUUGUUGUCGACUACUACCAGAUCGUAUGGCCGUCUUUUGUGGUUUGGUGUAUUAUUACUUGGUGGACGACAUUCUGA